AUGGAUAACACACCGCCUGAACUUUUUCAAGGUCAUAGCUGUCAAAGGUCAAAUACAGCCGCUAUAAAUUAUUGUGGUUCUAAUGUUUGUAACAACAGUAAACAGCAUACACUUUGCAAGUUCAAGUCUUCAGGUCCUGGACCUAACUGCAUUGGAUAUCAGAAGACAGUUACAACAGACGACCAAAAGAAUGCGUUGCUGGAAAAAAUCAACAGUCAGCGAAAUAAAAUAGCAGCCGGGGAAGUACGAUCGUUCCCACCAGCCGAAAACAUGAUGAAACUGGAGUGGAAUGAGGAACUGGAGGUAUCAGCCCAAAGGUGGGCAGACCAGUGCGUUUCCCAAGGUGCAACAGACAUACAGGACGACUGUCGGGACUUAGUCACUGUGGCCGUGGGUCAGAACAUCGCGUCGGUGUAUGGCGAGGCUCCUGGUCUGUCACCACUCUCUCUAGUGGACGUCUGGUAUAUGGAGCUGCUGAAUAGCAACUCUUCUAUCCUAAAGAGGUACCUGCCGUCAAUAAACAAGGGUUUUCCGCAUUACGAUUACUUCACCCAGCUCGUGUGGGCUCGCUCAACCGAAGUUGGCUGCGGAGGGGCGAAGUUCCAAGAGCGGUUAAAAGAUACUAAAGAUUCCAGAAACAGGACAGUGCAUAGACUAGUCUGUAAUUUCGCUCCAGGUGGGAACAUCUUAGGGGAACCCGUAUAUUCCGAAGGACCCCCUUGUUCAAGAUGCCCAGACGGAGGAACCUGCGAUUUAGAACACACUGCUCUAUGCAGUAAAAAUAAUAAAACAUAUUCAGUAACUAACGAAGAACAAGAAAAUAUAAAUACUUCAGUUAAUGCAGAUUACCAAUUACUACCAUCCGAUGAAGAGUUCCUAAAGGAAAAUGCUACGACCAUUCCCGAAAUUUCGACGAAUGUUGAACCUAUAGAAGAAGAUAAAAAUAUAACCGACUUUGACUAUUUCUCUCAUCUCUAUGAUUUUACCCGACAACCUGUAACAAUAGCUACAAAGAAAGUAACUAAUCCAUGCAAAGAUUCAAUGGCUGUGGAUGAGUUUGUUGAAUUAUUGAAGAAAAAGUUAAGCAGCGAUUCGAUGUUCAAAGAAUUGUUGCUUUCAACAAAAAAUCCGUCUCAAAAUGGUAACAUGGAUUCUACUUAUAGUGACCCCAGCGUAGCAGCAUUCGUUAGUAGAAUUUAUAGCAAGAAGGUACCAACAACAACUACAAAGAUACCUGAAUUCGAUUACGUAAAUUCCACUUUGUUAGUGGACUUAGUUGAAGCUGUGAUAUUUAGAAGCAGCGAUAAGACCCAUGCAACUGAAGUAACCAUUGAUACUUUACAACCUGCAUCAGUUGGUCCAAUCAAAAUACAAGCAGAACUGGGUGAAGUCAAAGUUAACCAUGACUUCACGGGACAUUACUUCUUCCCUGAAGAUAUAACUGAAGAAUCUGCUAUUGAAACAGUCGACUCAUAUUAUGACUCAUCCAACGUCCCUGUAUCAGAUGUUAUAUCAGAAAUAGAGAACUUAAAAAGAGAUAAAACGACACAGGAUUUUUUGGACGAAAUUAUUGAAUCUGAUUCCGCCACAGAUGAAAGUAAGGUAGAGAGAAAAAAACGAAAAAGUGACGCACAAUAUUUGGAAAGCUUAUAUGACUUCGACAAUAAUAACUAUAAUGUAGCAAGAAAAUCAAACCCCAUCGAAAUAAUAGUUAAUUCUUAUGAUUAUGAAGAUGAAAAUAUCAAAGUGAAAUACGAUGAUUUACUGAGAAAAAUUGCUGAAGAUCUAAAGAUGUUAAAAUUAAAUAAAAGAUUCCAUUGUUCCUUGGAGCAGUCCAUGUACAAGUAA